AUGGCAUUGGUCGACUACCCGUCCUCCGACUCGGGCUCUGGCCCCGAGUCUGGCCCCGAGUCUGGCCCCGAGUCCGAGUCUGAACCGGGACACCAGGCAACAGCCCUGCCGCCCUUGCCUCCCGAGUUCCACGAUCUGUACGCCUCCACCGUGCGAGCCGCAACCGCGGACCUGCCCAGCCUGCACCAGGGCAGGAGGCGCACCAUCCCCCACAAGGACGGCAGCUGGCCCAGCCACAUCUACCUUGAGUGGCACCCCUCCUCCUCACAGCACCAGCUCCUGCAGUCGCUCCUCGACGCCCUCGCCCGGGAGCUUGCCCACCUGCUCCCCCGACACGGCCUGGCCGGCCUCCUGACCUCGGAGCUCGGCGCCCCCUUGCCCCUGCACGUCAGCCUGUCCCGCCCCUUCGUCCUGCCCACACUCGACAGGGACCCCUUCCUCGACCGCCUCGUCCGAGACACCCCGCGGUCCAACGUGCCCGCCUUUGCCCUGGUCUGUUACGACCUGGCUUGGCACCGCAGCCCGGACUCGGAGCGCUCCUUUCUUGUCCUGCGCGUGCGCGGCCCGGGCGGGUCCAACCGCGAGCUAUCCGCCCUGCUGUGCACCUACAAUCGCCUCGUCGCAUCCUACGGCCAGCCGGAGCUCUACGCCCCCCGGGCUUCCGCCCACGGCCCAAGCAACCCACCCGCCGAUGCCUUCCACGUUUCCAUCGCCUGGUCGUUUGCCGCCCCGACGCCUGAGCUGACCCGGAGGACCGCCGACGUCUUCUCGCGCCCCGAGUUCCGCCACGCCAUCCUUUCGCAGAUCAGCAUCCCGGUCGACGGCGUCAAGGUCAAGAUCGGGAACAUUGUAAACAACGUUGCCCUGCGAGAACCUGCGAGCACGGGCGGCCGCGGGAGCGGGAGUGGGGGCGGGAGUGGUAGUGGCGGGGGGCUUUUCUGUAUCUGA